GGCGAUUUGCCGCGAAAAUAAUGUUACCAUCACAUUGUUGAUGUAAAAUAUGUGUUAAAUAAAUGUCAAAAACUUAAUUAAAAACGUGCUUUUCGAUUUUUUUGGAGAGUAACAUUGGAGCAAAAUGUCUGUAAAUACUGGACGUUUUCGUCCGGAGAAAAGUAAUGUGUUUAAGAAAAGAUUUGGUCAAGGAGAAAAUAUUCCGAGGGAGAACACUGCGGAGGGAAGACUGAAUCUAGCUAAGGAAAACAUCAAAAUCGAUGCUUUGUACGGAUUUCACAGAGUGACGGACGUUAAAGAAAGAAUAGGAUUUUUACUCAACAUGCAUGCGACUGACAUCGUAGAAGAUGACAAGCAAUUGGUUAGUGGUGUAGAUUAUUAUUUCCUCGAAGAGGACUUUUCUCGUUUCAAAGUUUCCUUGCCUUAUGAGCCCUAUUUUUACAUACUUUGUCGCAAAGAUACCAUGCAAGAAGUCUCCACAUUUUUAUUUAAAAAGUAUACUGGACUCAUAAGCAAAAUUGAUAGCAUCACGAAAGAAGAUCUCGAUUUGCCAAAUCACUUGAUUGGUUUGAAACAAAGGUACCUGAAGUUAAAAUUCGCUAACUUGGUCAACAUGACAAAAGUAAAGAGGGAUAUAAUGGCUGCUGUAAAGGUUAAUAGAGAGCGGGAAAAGAGUAACACGUACUACGAGCAAUUGCUGACAAAAACACUGAAUUCUAACAGGGUUCAUGAAACGAAGAAACAGGUGGAUCACAUGGACAAUAUUCUUGAUAUUAGAGAAUAUGACGUCCCACACCACGUUCGUGUAUCAAUCGACAUGAAGAUAUUUGUUGGUGCCUGGUACUCAGUGAAGACCUGCGGAACUCAACAGCCACCAGUAAUCAUCCGGAGGGACGACAUCGUUGAAAGACCGGAACCGAUAGUCCUAGCUUAUGAUAUCGAAACGACAAAACUACCACUCAAAUUUCCUGAUGCUAACAGUGAUCAGAUCAUGAUGAUUUCUUACAUGAUCGACGCACAGGGUUACUUAAUAACAAACAGGGAAAUAAUCUCCUCUGAUGUCGAGGAUUUCGAGUACACUCCAAAGCCAGAAUUCGAGGGUGUCUUCACAGUUUUCAACGAACCAAAUGAAAAGGCUAUGAUAACGAAGUUCUUCGAUCACAUCAACGAUGUGAAACCUCACGUAUUUGUUUCUUACAACGGUGACUUUUUCGAUUGGCCCUUCGUCGAAACGAGGGCUGCGAUCCACGGAAUGAACAUGAAGGAGAGAAUCGGAUUCGCGAAGAAUAAGGAUGGAGUUUAUGCCUGUCGUCCUGCAAUGCAUAUGGAUUGCUUGUGUUGGGUAAAACGGGACUCGUAUCUACCAGUGGGUUCUCAAAAUUUGAAGGCUGUAGCUAAAGCAAAAUUGAGGUAUGAUCCAGUUGAGUUGGACCCAGAAGAAAUGUGCAGACUCGCUAAUGAGGAACCGAGAGUGCUGGCGAAUUAUUCGGUCUCCGAUGCAGUCGCUACUUUUUAUCUUUAUCAAAAAUACGUACAUCCUUUCAUUUUUGCGUUGUGCACAAUUAUCCCUAUGGAGCCUGAUGAGGUACUUCGAAAGGGUUCCGGAACUCUGUGCGAAUCACUUUUGAUGGUAGAAGCCUAUCACGCGAAUAUCAUCUAUCCGAACAAGCAGGAACAAGAAUUUAAUAAAUUGUCCUCAGAUGGUCACGUUUUAGAUCAAGAAACUUAUGUCGGUGGUCACGUAGAAGCUCUAGAAUCCGGAGUUUUCCGAGCUGAUAUUCCUUAUCGCUUCAAAAUAGUCCCAAGUGCAGUUGAGAAAUUAAUCGAGGGCAUCGAAAGCACCUUGAAGCACGCGAUCGAGGAAGAGGAACAAAUUCCACUCGAGAUGGUCACGAAUUUCAAUGAAGUUGUGGAGGAAAUCAAACAGAAGCUCACACCUCUCAGGGAUCAACCUUUGAGAAUGGAAAAUCCUGUGAUCUAUCACUUGGAUGUUGGUGCCAUGUAUCCUAAUAUCAUUUUAACUAAUCGGCUACAACCUUCAGCGAUGGUUAAUGAAACUGUUUGUGCUGCUUGCGAUUACAAUAAGCCUGGAGCUCUCUGUCAACGAAAUAUGAGCUGGAUGUGGAGAGGCGAAAUUAUGCCAGCAAGUUUGGGGGAGUACCAAAGAAUCCAGCAGCAAUUGGAAAUGGAGAAGUUUCCACCAUUUUUUCCAGGUGGGCCUCGAAGAGCUUUCCAUGAACUUUCAAAGCAGGACCAAGCAGCCUACGAGAAAAAAAGACUGACAGAGUUUUGUAGGAAGGCCUACAGGAAAGUCAAGAUUACGAGAAUGGAAGAGAGGACUCAAACAAUUUGCCAGAGGGAGAAUUCUUUUUACGUGGACACUGUUCGUGCUUUUAGGGACAGACGAUAUGAGUACAAGGGUAUGACGAAAGUAGCGAAACAACAGGUCGCAGCUGCCAUUGCCAUAGGAGAUGCUGCCGAAAUUAAAUCUGCAAAGGGCAGGGAAGUUUUGUACGAUUCACUACAGCUCGCUCACAAGUGUAUUCUCAAUUCUUUCUACGGUUACGUCAUGAGAAGAGGUUCUCGGUGGUUCAGUAUGGAAAUGGGAGGCAUCGUGUGUUACACAGGAGCCCAUAUUAUUCGGAAAGCUCGAGAAAUUGUGGAACAGGUUGGCCGCCCUUUGGAGUUGGAUACCGACGGUAUUUGGUGUAUUCUUCCAGCUUCGUUCCCGGACAACGUAAUCGUAAAAACGACACAUCCUAAGAAAUCCAAAUUGACGGUUUCAUAUCCAAACGCGGUCCUGAAUUUUAUGGUGAAGGAUCAGUUUACAAACGACGUUUAUCACGAUCUUGUAGACAAGGAGAAUUUAACAUACAAAGUGCGAAGCGAGAACUCGAUUUUCUUCGAGGUUGACGGUCCUUAUCUCGCGAUGGUUUUACCCGCGUCUAAGGAGGAAGGGAAAAAGUUGAAGAAGAGGUACGCGGUUUUCAAUUUUGAUGGAUCACUCGCUGAAUUGAAAGGUUUUGAGAUCAAGCGCAGAGGGGAACUCCAGUUAAUUAAGAUCUUUCAAUCCUCGGUUUUCGAGUCGUUUUUGAAGGGAGAAACGCUGGAAGAGUGCUAUGCUUCGGUCGCUAAAGUCGCUGACUAUUGGCUCGACAUUCUCUUCAGUAAAGGUGCAAAUCUACCGGAUUCUGAGUUGUUUGAACUUAUUUCGGAAAAUAAGUCCAUGUCUCGGACACUCGAAGAUUAUGGAAGUCAGAAGUCUACUUCCAUUUCAACUGCUAAGCGAUUGGCUGAGUUCUUGGGAGAUCAGAUGGUGAAAGAUGCAGGAUUGGCUUGUAAAUAUAUCAUCUCCAGGAAACCAGAAGGGUCUCCUGUUACUGAAAGAGCGAUUCCCUUAGCAAUUUUUCAAUCUGAGCCAAGCGUAACGAGGCAUUAUUUGAGGAAGUGGCUGAAAGACCCGAGCAUUCAGGAGCCAAAUAUCCGAGAAAUUUUGGACUGGGGUUACUACGUUGAAAGACUUGGAAGCACGAUUCAGAAAAUUAUUACCAUUCCAGCAGCCAUGCAAGGACUUGCAAAUCCAGUACCAAGAGUUCAGCAUCCAGACUGGCUCUAUAAGAAAGUUAACGAAAAGAACAAAGCAAAAUCGCAGAUGAAGAUCAACGAAAUCUUCCAAGCGGUUCCAAGAACGCAUGAAAACGAAGAAUCAGGUAUGGAAAUCCCUGACGGGGAGGAUCCACCCGACAUCGAAGACAUCGGAAGCAAAUCACCACAUUUCAAGAUACCAGCAACCUCAGCAGUCCACAAACGAAAACGAGUAGUGUCUUCCUCCGAAGAGGAAUCCGAGGAUAAGUCAAAAUCCUGGAAGGAGGUCUUUGGCCCUGCUCCACCGAUGGGAACAACCUACAAGGAGAAAAUGGAAUGGCUCGAGUUCCACAAGAAGAAGUGGGCUUUUCAAUUAAAGCAAAGGGGCCUGGAACCCGGUGCGAAGAGAAAUAAAAAGCGAGUCGACAAUAGCUUCGAUCAAGCUAAUCGCCCGAGUGCGAGGAACCCGAUUGGUGGAUCCUUGGGUGGAUUCUUGAGACGAGCUCAGCGGAAGUUAUUUGACACACCCUGGCAGAUAAUACAGAUUGUAGAGACAAGUGAACUCGGAUUGUUUCGCCUCUGGGCACUUGUUGAUCAAGAAUUGCACCUACUGCGUCUCAAUGUUCCCCGAAUUUUCUACGUCAACAGGCGAGUACCCUUUCCUGAAGAAACCAAUGACAAAAAUUGGAAGAAGUGUUCAAAGAUUUUGCCUCGAGGACGACCGGUCUUCAAUCUCUAUCGCUACACAGUCACGGAAUCCAAGUUUAGGAGUUUCAACGCCAUGGAUGAUCUGACGACUCCAGAUAUCGAGGGGAUCUACGAAACGCAGAUGACUCUAGAGUUCCGAGCAAUUUUGCAGUUGGGUUGCGUCUGCACCGUGGACAAAAAUGCGGCUGGUCAGAUGGCUGAUGGUGCUGACACUUUCAACCUUGAGCAUGUCACUUUCCAGAGCAUUGCGGUUCAACCCUAUUUGAAAGAGGCGGGGGUUUUGAAAUACAUUUUCCUCUACCAUCACUGGUCCUCGAAUCAUCAGCGUGCGAUCUGGGGAUUGUUUUUGAGUCCAAGCAAAAGGUCCCACAUUUUCGUGCACGAUACUGUCCGGACGAAUCAAAUGCCGAAUAUGAAUACGCUCUACGUCGCUGAAAGGAGCGUUGCCAGUGAAAAGCACUCGGAGGAAAGUCUGAAAAAUACUCCGGACGCGAUGCAUUUCGAGGUGAAGAUUGAAACGGAUCUGCAGAAAGUUUAUAAGGCCAUUCAGGUGGCACUGAAGAAUUAUAAGAAUGAAAUGAAAGGAGCGACGGUUUUGGUUCUCCAGACGCCGAUGGACGUUCCAGUCGUGACCAAUAGUAUGCCGAUGCUGAACGAGUUUCCGGUGGUUAAGACGCAUAUUCAGGAUGUGGAGAAUUUGUAUAAUACAUUCGAGUGGCAAAAGGUCGGAGCGAAGGCGAUGCUUCGUCAUUAUCUGGAGUGUGAGAGAACUCUGGAUUUGAUGAUUGAACAGUGUCGAUAUUUUCAUGCGCCUAUUGGAAAUAUUCCGCCGGAUGCGACACUCUUUGGGGCGGAUUUGUUUUAUGCCAGGCAUUUGCAGAAGAAUAAUUUUGUGCUUUGGUGCUCGCCGACGGAGAAGCCAGACUUUGGAGGCAGUGAGAAUGAUGAUAACAGACUGCUGACUGAUUUCGAAGAAAGUUCGAGCUGUGCAAUCAACAAAACAGGAACGUAUUCAAGUGUUUGCGUCGAAUUGGAAAUCGACAGUUUAGCCGUUAAUACCUUACUGCAAUCUCAUCACGUGAACGAUAUCGAUGGCACCAGUUCCUUCGUAGCAUUUCACAGUGCAUCUCAGGCAACUUUACAGGAAAUGAUAUCUGGAGAAUCGGCAACGUUAGGAAUUCCUAGUUAUGAUGAGACAGCUUUGUGUAAUGCGGCGUUCAGAGUCUUGCGAAAUAUGGUGAAUGCAUGGUUGAGAGACGUGACCAUUUACAAGAAUAUGUUCGCUGAUUAUCAAAUAAUCCACUUUUACCGAUGGCUUCGAUCUCCUCAAGCUUUGCUCUAUGAUCCCGCUCUUCGCCGUACACUUUACAGUUACAUGAAAAAGCUAUUUCUCCAGUUGAUAGCCGAAUUCCAGAGACUCGGUUCCGUCGUGGUUUUCGCCAACUUUAACAAAAUCAUCCUCUGCACGAAGAAAAGAGCGGUUGCUGAUGCUCUGGCAUAUAUCGAGUACAUCGAUCACUCGAUUCGAAGGAAGGAAUUGUUCCACAGUAUUGAUAUCCGCUUCGAGCAGUGCUGGGAGUAUCUCGUGUGGUUGGACUUGACUAAUCAUGGCGGCGUUAGGGGCAAAGUUCCAAAAGCUGUGACUGAAGAUGAGUCCGCAGUGGAGCAAAAUGAGGACGAUGAAGAAAACGAAGAUGACGGGCCCGAAAUAGUCAUGAACUGGAAUCUGAUGGAGUAUCUGCCAAAAGAAUCAGGCUGCCAAGCCACUUUCAGCGCCAUAAUUGCAGGCUACAUAAGUGCAAUUUAUCAGCAUGUGAACGAAUACGAACCCUCCGGGAACGCAACUCCACGGCCAAGGCAAAGAAGAAGUAGUUGCGCGAGUCAAAGUCUUACUCAGCGGCUUGGUUUGGCUGAUUUAGAAAAUACAGCAGAGUUCGCCAAAUCUUUAAUCACCGGUGAAAUGUCCCAGAAACUUUUCCAGAUCGUGCACAAGAUUCACAAAAAAUUACCCGAGAAAGUACUGAUGACAGAGGAAAGUCCACAUAUGGGUGUGAUUGUAUCGGGUAAGAGAAUCAUCAAGCCUGCUGUUGAACUAACCAAAGCCAUCUGCGAGGUGUUGUCGUUAGACAAGGAAGUGACGGAAGAAGUGAAUACUUUGAAGGAAAAUUUGUUGAGAUUGGUGAAUGUCAGUAUGUACAGUGAUGAAGCCGAAUGGAAAGAUCCUUGCGUCUCUUAUACUUUACCGGAAGUCAUCUGUCAGGGUUGUAAUCAUACAAGAGACAUCGAUCUUUCUAGGGACAAUUAUCGAGCCUUCGAAAAUGACAGACAAGUUUGGAAAUGUCCGAUUUGCGAAAUGAGCUACGACAACGACGAAAUCGAAAUGGCUCUCAUAGAUAUCCUGAACAGAAAGACGAUGGGCUACGUUCUCCAAGAUUUGCAAUGUCGCCGCUGCCUCGAAGUGAAAAAAGAGAACAUCAGAGAACUUUGUCCAUGUGGAGGGGAUUUCAAAACGAUGAUUUCGAAAGAAGAGAUGAUACAAUUCGCAACGGUUCACAGAAACGUAUCUGCGAAAUGUCAAAUGGAGAUUCUCUCUGAUGCAAUUGAAAAUAUGGGUCUCCUAGAAUUUCCGAGAGUGAGCCUUGACUGAAAAUUUGUAUAUAUGUAACUAUGUUUUACCUGCUGUGAAUUUUUAUCCGUUUCGUACUAAUUUAGCAAUAAAUGAACACAUUUUUUAUACAUACA